AUUGAAUAAUUAAAUAUUAUUUCUUUUAUAAAUUAUAAAUAGUAAAUACUAUUGGAUACAGCUUAUAUGAGAUCACGGGUUGUCACAAACGAUUUACUCCCACUCCAUAAAUCUGGACCGUUCAAUAAAUAUCUCGUCACAUCUCAUGUGGAUAUUACUACAAUGAAACAAUGAAAUAAUCUCGCUGCAGCACGGCAGAGUAGUGGGGCAACACAAGAACAUACUGUGGAAUCACCACCACACAAUUACAUUCCCUUAGCUCCCUCGAUCAUCGCAAACAAAAUAACGCGUCUUUGCCAGCCUGGCUCAUCGACAUAUUCUCUCUCUCUCAAAAAAUAAACUAAUCCCCAAAUUAUUUCCAAUUUAAUAUUCGGCUCCUCUUAUAUCCUGCUCUCGUACUGCCCGGAACACUGACACACGCACACACUCGGCCUCCCUAUGCCUCCCAAAUUCCGGCCACUCUUCUUCACCAUUCUUCUUCUCGCUACCUCUGCCACCAUUUCCGUACACAGUUUAUCAAAUGCGCUGUCGUUUGAGCACCUCCCGUUGUUUCGAGAAGCGCCGGCGUUUAGAAACGGCCGGGAAUGUGCCCCGGCCACCUGGUCGUCCACCGUCAACGGUCAGUCCUACAGUGACCCUUCUUCGAUUAUCCACAUUGCCAUGACUCUCGAUUCCACCUACCUUCGGGGCUCCGUGGCAGGCGUCUUAUCCGUGUUGCAGCAUGCUGCUUGCCCCGAGAACAUCGUCUUCCACUUCAUCGCUACGCACCGCCGGGCAGAGCUCCGCCGCACGAUCACUGUGACAUUUCCCUACCUCAACUUCCACCUCUAUCACUUCAACGCCGAUUUAGUGAAAGGAAAGAUCUCUUCCUCCAUACGCCGGGCUCUGGAUCAACCGUUGAAUUAUGCGAGAUUUUACCUCGCAGAUCUGUUACCCGCGAGUGUGCAGAGGAUUAUAUACUUCGAUUCUGAUCUAAUCGUGGUCGAUGACGUGGCUAAAUUAUGGAACAUCAAUUUGGGAGCUCACGUUCUGGGUGCCCCAGAGUAUUGUCACGCUAACUUCACCAAUUACUUCAAUUCGCGAUUUUGGUCGAACCCGGCGUAUGCGUCCUCGUUUAAAGGGAGGAAGCCUUGCUAUUUUAACACAGGGGUGAUGGUAAUAGACCUGUUGAAGUGGAGAGAUGGGAAAUACACACAGAAACUGGAAUACUGGAUGAGGAUACAAAAGAAGUAUAGAAUCUAUGAAUUGGGUUCUUUGCCACCAUUCUUGCUUGUGUUGGCUGGGAAUGUGGAAGGCGUCGAGCAUAGAUGGAACCAACAUGGGCUCGGUGGCGAUAAUCUUCACGGUUUGUGUAGAGCUCUACAUCCUGGUCCUGCUAGCUUGCUCCAUUGGAGCGGGAAGGGUAAACCUUGGCUUAGAAUUGACUCCAAAAGACCGUGUCCCUUGGAUUUACUUUGGGCUCCUUACGAUCUUUAUCGUCAUUCUUUACUCUUCUCUGAUAGUUGAAGCAGAAGAAGCUAGCUUGUUGCAGGUGGGUAUUUCUCGAUCCAUUGAAGAGGUGAAAAAGGAAUAACAAGGAUAAUAGUGGAAAUGUAAAAAAGUGUAGAUAUCUGGUAUUGAUGAAGAGACAUGGGUGAUAGACUCAUGGAGGCGGAUGGACCGAGGGAGCGAGCCACGGAGAGUGCGUGGUGAACGGCUGUGAUUCAUCGUAAAAGGGUGGGUAGAGAAGACGAUAAAGGAAGAAGAUUAAUAAAGGAAUCGGUAGUGUGGUAAGGCGAGUAACGCGUGAUUGGCUGCAUGGUAAAAAUCCUUUUUUUAUUUUUUCAUCUCUAAAACAAAAAGAUGGUAGUAGUUGAAGUUGGGGGUGCGUUUUCAUUUGAUCCCAUGGAAAUCGCUUUCAAGUGGUUCUUUUCUUUUGCUUUUAUAAAUAGUAGAAAAAGUGAUGCUGAUCAUGGACACUUUUUUUUUUUUUUUUUUUUUUUUCAUUUAUUUGAAUUGUGGGUUGUUUUGACUGUUGGAAUUUAGUGUGUUACUGUGGUUUUAGAAUCUCACCCUGGUUUCAUUAUUGAUUUUUCCCCCCUGCCUGUGAUAUGUGAAUAUUAUACAUAAUCUAGUGAUCCAUAUUCGUUGAGCCCAUGUUUUCCAAGGCUGAUUUCCUUCA